AUGACGAUAGAAAGUCUGAAGAUGAUAAAAGUAAAGGCAAGGAGAAAGAAAGGGCUGACACCUCAAAACCCAAAACCCAAAACCGACCGAGUCUCUUUUAAAACCUUUCGUGGUAGCGGUGCUACUGAGUUCUCUAGGAAGGUUGUUCCAUUGGAGGUACUUGAAUGGAUAUUGAAUACUGAGAAGGUCUUUCGUAUCACCCGAGUGUUAUGUGAUGAUAAAGUGAAUUAUGCCACGGCCAUGUUCCAAAGUAGGGCCUUCAUAUGGUGGAAUGCUACUUUUCCAGCUUUAGGUGAAACUGAAAAAGAAGGUAUGCYUUGGGAGUCUUUCAAAACUCGUUUUAACAGGCAGUAUUGUCCAAUUGAUCUAAAAAAACGAUUGGAGAAGGAGUUUCUUGAUCUUAAUCAAGGAAAGAUGUCAGUGGUGGACUACGAGACCGAGUUUAAUCAUAAAGCACAGUUUGCCACACGUUUCUUGACUAUAGAACAGGAACGUGUAGACCACUUUUUAGACGGAUUGCGAUCAGAGAUUCGAGAUGUCGUCACCAAUCGUGAUAUUUUAGAGUUUGAGAAAGCGGUGGAAUCUGCACGACGACGUGAACACGAUUUGACCCGCUCGGAUCGUAAUCCAGCUCCGCCAGCCAAGCGACCUCGAAUUGAAGGUGCCAUAUCUGCACCAACACAGCAAUUUUCUAGGAAUUUCAAUCCGAGAUACGCUUAA